AUGUAUCGUAUGACUGAUCAUCUUAAGGACAAUGGUACCUUCUGCUUGAACUCGCCCUUCACUACGGUUGAGGAGUGGAACGAACAUGUACCCGCUGGUGUUCGUAAGGCACUCGCUGAAAAGAAUGCCAAGGUUUUCAACGUCGAUGCGUUCAAAGUUUCUGAGAAGUGUGGUAUGGGCCGCAUGAUUAAUGUUGUUAUGCAGGCUGUCUUCUUCAAGCUCGCUAAUGUGAUGGACUUCAAGGAGUGCAUUGCUUUGUACAAGAAUACCAUCAGGAAGAGUUAUGGUCAUCGUGGAGAAGCUGUUGUCCAGAAGAACUACGAGAUGAUAGAUGAGGCUCUUGAUGCGAUCACUGAGAUCAAGGUUCCUGCUGACUGGAAGAAUCUUUCGGAUAGUAUGCUCCGAUUUGAGCAAAACUACCAUGACGCUCUUGGUAACUUGGCUAAGGAGAAGAGUGCUAUCAAUAAACCAAGUUUCACUGAGAAUAUCCAGGCUCCAGUUGCUCUCCAACGCGGUGAUGAUAUUCCCGUUAGUGCUUUUGCCAACGACGAACUUGUCGGUGGUAAGGUUCCUCUUGGAACCGCCAAGGUCGAGAAGCGUGGCGUUGCCUUGAUGAUCCCCAUCGUUGAUAUGGACAAGUGCACUCAAUGCAAUAUUUGCUCUAUGUCGUGUCCUCACGCUUGCAUCAGACCCUUCUUGUUGUCCCAAGCUGAGGAUGAUGCCAAGCCGAGUACCUUUGAUAGUCGUAAAGCCAAGGGUGGUGCCGAGGUUGCCGGUCUUCACUACAGGAUCCAGGUCUCGCCCUUGGAUUGCACUGGUU